AUGGCUGAAUUUUUGAACAUUGAGCUAAAAAAUAAGCUGGCGACCAUUUUAUGUCGCUUACAAAUGGGAAUUCAAGUAGAAGAGUGCCUCAAGUUUUUGUGUGUUGAAGAUGUCCCGUUGAGCUUUUUCGAAGAGUGUGAAAUCCGGCAAAAAACACUGAAACUUGUGUCAAAUCCAAGGUUAACAAUCGUCGCUUCUCAAUUGCUCUCGAAAAUGGAUCAGUUGAAACUCAAAAAACAGAAUGUUGGGUUACUAAACAAUACAUUUUCUGGUGUAGUUCUAACAUCGAUAUCCUCAGAUUUAGCAUCCAAUAAUGUGACUGAGCACUUUCAUGAUAAAAGUUUAAAGAUAGAACAAAUGAAGAAUAAGACCAUAAGAGAAAACGACAAUUCUCACAAUAAUCAGACUCAAACGUCGUGCUCGUCAGCGGAUUUGCUUGAUAACAUACAUCAAGACUCUUCAAAGUUGUUGAACCUUUCUGAAAACACCAUAGGCACAUGCCCAAAUCCUGAUACAUCAUGCGAUCACAAAGUAUAUACCAACAUACCUCUUGUCUACAAAUUGAGUGUUUGGAACUAUGAAAACUGUUACUAUAAGGAGGCCAAGAAAAGAUUUGGGAAACGACUAAACGAGAAAGGAGAUGACGAGACUUGGACUGCAUUUUUCCGUCGUCUUUACCUCGAUCAAAUCAAUGCUCCAAAACAUUACGAAACAAGAGCUCAGAAAUCAAAACUGGUAACGGAGUCAAAGGAGGUAGUUGAGCUAAAUGACACGGAAUCCCGACAUGUUGGUCAAAAAGGUAACUUUCCAAAAAUUGAUCAAAACAUUUGCGAACUUGUGCUACCAUCAUCUCCAACUGAUGAAGUUUCCUCGUCAACGGAUAUUCAUAAUCCAACAAUUAACAGCCAUGUUUCUUAA